GAAGAAAAGAAAAAACAAAGAGAGUGGGAGAGGAAAGAGGUGGAGAAAAAAAGAAUGGAGCGAAAGAGGGAGGAGGAACUGUGCAGUGCAAAAGGCAAAGAGCAGACUGCUAUUGAAAAUCUGGAGAGACUACUCUCCUGCAACAGUUCCCCAACACGGCGACCUCCUCGGCUCUCUUCUGUUACUGCACCUCCUUCAGAUCCAUCACCCCCCAGCUCCCAGGCUUCACCCCCUUACCCCUGGCUCAGCCGUGGUGGCGUGCCCCCCUGUCUACCAGGCCAGACACCUACCACCACUACUCCUGUAGAAAGACUGCGGCCGCCCCCCCUUACACCUCGGCCGCCCCCACUUACACCUCAGACGGAGUAUGCCAGAGAAAAGCAGAGACAGAGGGAGAUGUGGAGCAACAAUGGCGGAAUGACAUUCAGUCCCUCAUCAACACACAAUACCUCAGGGAUGAACCAGUCGGUAUACCCCAACAAGCCCCCGACAAUGCAAGCCGCACCCAACCAAUCCAAAGACUCAGCCAUGGUGAGAGACAGCAGCCAACACACUCUCCCUACCUUGGCACUUAGAGAACCCCCUAAACUGUAUCAGGCUUUUCCCAGAGAAAACAUCACACCACCACGCUCAUCCUCCAGCUCCAUUAAGGAAAUCCUCCACAAGCAGGUGACCAGUAGUAAUUUGGAAAAUGCCAGCAGCUGUGGCACUGACUCUGCCCAGUUUGAGGAAGAGCCCUCUGAGUUGUCCACAUUGCUUCCCGAUGGUCUGGCUAACAUUAUGGCCAUGCUCGAUGAAUCUAUCAAAAAAGAAGAGGAGAUGUAUAACAGUGAAAAGACUGGGUCCACAGGUCUUCUUGACAACUUUACUCCUAGUGUCCAGCCUAUCAAGAGCUACCUUUGUGCCCCAGACCUCAUUCCAGCAAUGAAGCAUCAGCCCAACCAGGAAGACUUUGGAUCCAAUCCUCAUGCUAGCCCUCCUGUGCUCAGUCGCCAAGGCUCUCUGGCUUCCCCUUGCAGCCGAACAUCUUCUCUCAAUGAGGAGGAUGAGGACUACCUUAAACCUUCCCCAAACCCUAAACAGUCAAUGGACACGGGAGUGGGGAACACCAAUUACCGCCACAGUGACCUGGCUAAACUUUAUGGCCUCCCAGAGCAAACUAAAAGUGAGGCUGACGAGGAUGAGGAUGAGGAGGACCCGGAGACACCCUCCUGUUCUCCACCACCCCAAAGACCCCACCUCCACCAAACGGGUGUAAACAACAUGUUCAAGUCCCUAGCAACAGUUCUAGGGAGCCAGAAGUAUGCUUACCGUGGUGGGCCUUUUGGGAGACCCCCUCCAUCAGCUCUGCUUGGGGUCAAAUAUUCCUCUUCACUGUCACUGGGCCCCGAUAUAUGCCGCCAGCAGCAAAGCAGUUCUCCCACGUCAGAUUCAACUCAUGCACCAUUCAGUCCAACUGUCCCACCUCUUAAGUCCUCCCCUCCUCCUCUGCUAGAAGACAAGAAAUUGAAAAUAGAGGGCGCUGAUGUCUGGAGAGAUGAUGGAGAGACAACCGAGGACCGAAUAAACUCUACCAAAAAGGAAAGUAUUUCUACCAUAAAUCCUAUUAAGGUGGUCAAGGAGGAGCGGUUGUUGACGACCAUCUCUGAGUCCUCUCUGGCAGAGUUGGGCAAAAGCUGUGAGGUCAUGCUUAGUCGACAGUCACUUCCUAACAAGAAUUCCAUCGAUAAACCUGAUGGCCAUGUCAAAGUGGAGGAUAGACACAAACCUGAGAAAGUAAAGGGACACAGAGAGAAAGACAGACACAGGGAUAGAGAUAAAGAGAGGGAGAAAUAUAAGAAGAGGAAGGAAAGUCACAGCCACAGGAGCACCAGGAACCAUGAAGAUAGGAAAGAAAAGAAGAAGCAUCGAGAAAAGAGAGAGGAGAUGGUCUUCUCCUCUUCUUCAUCAUCAUCAUCUUCCUCCACUCAUUCCAGCUCCAGCCACAAGCGGCACAAGGAUGGCAAGAGCGAUAAAGAGAAGAAGGAUCGCAGAAUUCUUGGCGACCUCAACCUCCAGAGCAAAGAGGGGUCUGAGAAUAAUCGGGGUCAUUAUGACACCGAUAAAACAAAAUGCAACGAACCAUCCGGUGCCAGCCCCACCAGUGAAGGAGAGCAUUCAGAAUGGACCUCGAGAAGUUCUAGCGAGAGAUCUUCUGAGGAGAAAAAAGACUCUGAAUCUGGUUCUUCAUUGGGUUCAACGGACUUCUUGAAACUGAAAGCGCUGUCAGAUGGGCCACCCAAAGAGCUAAAGAUUCGCCUGAUCAAAGUAGAGAGCGGGGACAGGGAGACAUUCAUAGCGUCUGAGGUGGAGGAAAAGAGGAUCCCAUUGGAGGAAAUCAACAUUAAGAACACUGCCAGCGAAAUCAUCAGGUCCUGCAAGGGGGCCAGAGUGAAAGGGAAGUUCAAAGAAUCUUUCUUGCUCCCAGCCUUCUCUGUCAAGCCCAUCAUGACCUCGGGCGAACCAAUUCCCAGAGAGAAACUCAACCCUCCUACACCCAGCAUCUAUUUGGAGAGUAAGAGGGAUGCGUUCUCCCCUGUGUUGCUGCAGUUCUGUACAGACCCCAAAAAUCCUGUUACUGUCAUCAGAGGCCUGGCUGGAUCUCUACGACUCAACCUGGGGCUGUUUUCUACAAAGUCACUGGUUGAGGCCAAUGCAGAGCAGGCGGUAGAGGUGAGGACUCAGGUGCAGCAGCCUGCUGAUGAGAACUGGGACCCCAGUGGGACAGGCCAGACAUGGCCCUGCGAGAGCAGCCGCUCCCACACCACCAUUGCCAAGUAUGCCCAGUACCAGGCCUCCAGCUUCCAAGAGAGUCUGCAGGAGGAAAAAGGCAGCGAUGACGAGGAUGAUGAAGAUGAGAAGAAGCCUUCUUACAGUUCUGAUACUCCAAGCAAGGACAGCUCUAAAGAAAGUAGCAGUGCUGAGCAGAAACAAGUGGGGAAGAUAAUUAAGUUUGGCACCAACAUUGACCUCUCAGAUCCGAAGAGGUGGAAGCCUCAGCUUCAGGAGUUGCAGAAGCUACCAGCCUUUAUGCGUGUAGCAUCGAGUGGAAACAUGCUGAGCCACGUCGGACACACCAUCCUAGGCAUGAACACCGUCCAGCUCUACAUGAAGGUUCCAGGAAGCCGAACGCCAGGUCACCAAGAGAACAAUAACUUUUGCUCGGUGAACAUCAACAUCGGCCCUGGAGACUGUGAGUGGUUCUCUGUCCAUGAGAACUACUGGCAGGCCAUUAGCGACUUCUGUGAAAAGCACGGAGUGGACUAUCUGACCGGGUCCUGGUGGCCGGUGUUGGAGGACCUCUACAAAGCCAACAUCCCAGUGUACCGCUUCAUCCAGCGGCCUGGAGACUUGGUGUGGAUCAACGCUGGAACUGUACACUGGGUUCAGGCCGUAGGCUGGUGCAACAACAUCGCCUGGAAUGUUGGACCUCUCAAUGCUUACCAGUACCAACUGGCCCUGGAGAGGUUUGAGUGGAAUGAAGUGAAGAAGGUCAAAUCCAUUGUCCCCAUGAUCCAUGUGUCCUGGAAUGUGGCCCGCACUGUCAAGAUCACCGACCCAGACACUUUCAAGAUGGUCAAACACUGCUUGCUGCAGUCCAUGAAGCACAUCCAGGUCCUGCGGGACCAACUGGUGGCUGACGGCAAGAAGCUUUCCUAUCAGAGUCGGGUCAAGGACGAGCCUGCCUACUACUGCAACGAGUGUGAUGUGGAGGUGUUCAAUUUGUUGUUUGUGACAAGUGAGAGCAACAGCAGGAAAACCUAUGUGGUUCACUGUGAGGACUGCGCACGUCAGCGUAGCCCCAACCUGACCAACGUAGUGGUGCUGGAGCAGUACCGCAUAGAGGAGCUCAUGAACACAUAUGACUCCUUCAACCUGGCCUCGUCCUCCUCCCGGUGACAGAGCUCCCCCCCCCUGCAUCUCCUCAGCCAUAACCAAAACUCCUGCAAGCCAGGACAAAAGACACAGUUACACUUUGGUUUUCAACUUACCCUUUCAUUAUUUAAGAUCACUGAAGAUCAUUUUUGCUACUACUACUACUGCAAAUACUUGCCGAACAGCCAGUUGAAUAAGUUUACUCAUCAUUACUGUUUACAAAAAGAAAUACCAAGCCGCCAAUAAAAUUACCAGUUUACUCUCAGAUGGUGCUUUCAACCAGACACCCUGGCAACAUUGAAGUUGAGAACCAGGGGGCAGUUGGUGCGUCUUGUCUUGAAUACUGAAAUUUGUACAUGCUGUUUGCAAUUUUUGUGGGGUGCUGUCUUUUUAAAAAAUAAUUUAUUGUUUUUUUCUAAACUAGAUCAGCCUAGAUAUAUACCACAUUGGCCUUGUAUUUAGAAAUAAGAGAAAAUGAAAAAUACUAAUAAUAGAGAUAUGAACAUUUUUCUAAAGCAUUAAGAAUAAAAAAAAAUACAAAACAUACAGGUUUUAAUGACUUUGGUUGUUUUGGGAGGGGUUUCAUUUUGUCUUUUAGUAUGUAUGUGUUGUAAAUCUUGUGUUUGUAUUAAUUAUACUUUUAUUUCCUCUGGAGAUUAGUAUCCAGUUGUCACUCAUCAGGUCCUUUUGUUCAUUUCUUCCAUCUCUGUAUGGGCUCUAAAAAGAAAAUCAUUGCCAUUUGGUGUUUGUGUGUUGUACCUCUGAUUGUUUUGUUUCAAUAUGCAGACUUGGUAUUUUCUGGAUUUAUUUUGGCAUUGUACAUUUAAUUUAAAAUGUUUCCUCUAUUUAUUGGAUAUCAAUGUUCUCCCUUUUUUUAAUAGGGUUGUACAAGUUUGCGACUUUUUUUCCUCUGUAUUUUUUUAUAGAGACAGAUUGCUCUGUAAGAACAGAACUGUGGGGGGUUGUGUGUUCACGGGAGUGGAGGCUGCUGUUUCUCUGGUGCUUGCCUCUCAUGACUCUUGCCUUUUUCUCCUGAUAUAUAUUAAAUGAUAUCUUUAUCUUGAAUAUAACACCACCUUUCCUGUAGACAAUAGGCACACUGCUCACGUAGAGAAGAUGACUAAUGGAAUGCUCAUUAAGGAGAAGAAAAAACUUUCUGAGAAAUGUUAAAUUUUUUUAUUAUGUAGGGGGCUUUUAGAUGAGAUUUUAUUGAUUUUAUGAUAUAUUAUCUGUUGAAUAUGAUAACAGGAUAGAUGGUGCUAAAUGUUCUCUUUGAACAACUUUUUUUCUCUUUUCUUCUUAAAAUGAGAAUUCUAUUUUUCCUGUUGCAAUAUUACCAUACCCUUUUCCUUCACUUUGUGGUCAUUUAUUUAUAACUGCACUGUUUAGAGAAAUCACAGACAUACUUGCAGACACACACAACCAAACUGAGCCAGACAUGUCUUAAACACUUGUGAAUUUGUGUGACAUUACUAUGACUAUUAAUAAACGCUUUUUGAUAAAUCCAGAAGUGAGUAGGACCUGUCUGAUUUUUUUUUUCAAUGAACUUGCUAGGUCAUAUCUAAUCUGCCAAUAACAUUCAUAAAUGACACAGGUGACAAUGCCUCGCCACCACUCACUAGGCCUGUCAAUGAGGUUCUCCAACAGCACCAGAACAUCUGUCAUGCAUAGCUGUGGCUAUACUAUGACUUUUUUCUACACCCUAUACUAUUUUUAUUUUUUUAUCAAAUAUUAAUUUAUAAAAUACAGAACAUACAUACAUACAACAGCAAUGAAGACAUGAGACAAACCUCCAACCCACAGGACUUUCAGACAGAUAGUA